GCACAUACGUUCAUUUCCGGAGUGCGACGUGCAGUUGAAGUGCGGGACGAAUCAUGGCCACGGCUGCUGCGACGCGGAUUAAAACUUGACCACCUGCUCAUAUCAAUAGAAUUUUCGGCCUGAACGGGGAAAAACAAACACGAAAAAAGACAAAUCGUUUUGUGAUCUUUGCUCGGAAAUGCAACAAAGAUCCUCGAUAUGCACCUCAUACGAGCUCUGCUCUUCGCAUCGAUCGCCGUAGGUCUCCGCGCAGAAGAGGACGCGGCAAAUAAUGCGAGCAAAUCACGCUCCCAGCUGAGCGAAGUCCGUCCUGUUCUGCUCGUAUCAACGCUGAACGGACAACUUUCUGCGGUCGACAAGAAAUCUGGACUCGUCCUCUGGUCGAGAUAUGAGGACCCCGUUCUCAAGGUGCCCCCGGGUGCGUCUACGGCUUUUCUGCCUGACCCCAAGGACGGAUCCCUUUACAUAUUAGUUUCCGAAGAAAAAUCAUCAGAUGGAGAGGCUCGGAGACCGUCCAUCAAAAAACUGCCGUUUACCAUUCCCCAGUUGGUCACAGCGUCGCCCUGUCGAUCUUCUGACGGCAUGUUGUACACGGGCCAGAAACUUGAUGUUUGGUUUGCGAUAGAUCUAGCUACGGGCGAGAAGAGAGAGACGAUUUCUCUCUACGGCUCGGACAAUGUGUGCCCUCAAAGUAAAUCCGGAGUGGCCUACAUUGGCCGCAGUGAAUACCAUUUAGCUAUGUUCGAAGCUGCUACUGGUGAGAAACGCUGGAACGCUACUUAUUACGACUACGCUUCCACGGCGGCUAACAUGCCUGAAAUCGCCGUGGGCGAAUACGAUCUGAUACAUUUCGCCUCCUCGGAAGUCGGUCGGAUCCUAUCGUUCGAAAAGGCUUCGGGCGACUUUUUGUGGGAAGCCGAGUUUACUUCUCCCGUUGUCGCGCUUUAUCUGAUGGACAACGCCGACUCGACCCUGAAGAGUUUGCCGUUCACGUCAUUGGCUCAACGGACCAUCGAAGAUAUCGGCUCGCGACUCCAGAAACAGACCUGGAAGAAGUACCUAGCCUCGCAGCUCGACCAGAGCUCACUUUUUCCGGCUCUCUACGUGGGCCUGGACGCCACGAGACAAGAGCUUUACGCGCUGCCGGCGCUCGUGGAUAAAAAUAUACCUCUCAUCCCGGUGACGUCCAGUCGAAACAUACCGCUGCUGGAGGGUCCGAAGGCAAAGACCGGUCGUCGCCGAGAGAUCUUCGAGGGUUACUACGAAGUGCCAGAGGCACUCGUGAGUUCCCUGGCACCGCGGAAGCAGAUUUCCGGCGAUUCGUCUCUGCCGACGGGAUUUCAUCGAGCUGCGAAUGGCGUUAUCAUCGAAGUUUCGCACCAAGACACAGGAUCCCAAACCGAGGACUCGCGGGAGGAGAUAUCCGUCACGGAAGAACUCUUCAAAGAGCAAAUCGCGAAUCAGCUUUUCUGGAUCAAAGUGUCUCUGGUAGCGCUCAUUACAGUAAUCAUGACCACUCUUCUGUGUAUCCAUCGACAGCCCCGAGUGAACGAAACCAAUCCUACUUCUCUGACAUCUUGUUUCCCUCUGCAGUCCAGCAUGGUCUCGAAAACUCCGAAUCUCCGGGUGUCUGGAGAAACCGGUCUCCCGUUGAGCGAGCUGGAACUCUCUGAAAACGGAAUUUGCAGCGUGGGAAAAAUAACCUACGACUCUAACGAAAAACUUGGUGCUGGUGGGAAUGGAACUGUCGUUUAUCGGGGGCGUUUCGACGGGCGUCCCGUCGCCGUCAAGAGAAUUCUGCCGGUUUGUUACUCGCUCGCGCUCCGGGAAGUCGAACUCCUUCGAGAAACCGACGAGCAUCCAAACGUUGUUCGAUAUUUCUGCAUGGAACAAGACCCGCAUUUCUACUAUAUCGCCUUGGAGCUGUGCGCUGCCACGCUUACCGAGUUCGUGGAAAACACGGAUUUCGACAGACGAAACUUGAGUCCCCUGGAAGCGAUCUAUCAGGCUGCAGCGGGUCUCGAGCAUCUUCACAGUCUCAACGUCGCCCACCGAGACGUGAAGCCUCAGAACGUUUUGAUCUCGCAAGUGGGCCGCAACGGUCUGUUGAAAGUCAUGAUAUCGGACUUUGGUUUGUGCAAAAAACUCUCCCACGGAGACCGAAGCUUCAGCAAAAAGUCUGGAGUUCUGGGCACCGAAGGCUGGAUCGCUCCUGAGGUUCUGGAAGGCCCCGAGUCGAGUCGAGUGACAAAAGCGAUCGACAUUUUUUCGCUCGGUUGCGUGUUCUAUUACGUUCUGAGCGGGGGCCUGCACCCAUUCGGCGACGUCGUCGAACGUCAGGCCAAUAUCCGCAAAGACCGAAUGAACCUGUCAGGGCUGAGAGCUCGAGACAUCACGGCCAAAGGCCUCAUACACCAGAUGCUGCAGGCAGAUGGGAGCAAACGGCCAUCUGCCGCUCAGAUUACGCGUCAUCCGACGUUCUGGGACAACACGAAGAUUCUGAACUUCUUCCAGGAAGUUUCCGAUCGCAUCGAAAAAGAAGACCAUGCCAGUCCAGUGGUUCGACAUCUCGAAAGACACGGCUUCCGGAUCAUCAAUAGCGUGAACUGGAUCGACCAGAUCACCCAAGAGCUUCAGAAAGAUUUGCGAAGAUUCCGCAGCUAUAAAGGGUCUUCAGUCAGAGAUCUGUUGAGAGCCCUCAGGAAUAAGAAACAUCACUAUCGGGAACUGCCGGUGGAACUGCAGCAGGAACUCGGGACCAUCCCGGAUGAAUACGUGGCGUACUUCACUUCUCGUUUUCCGUAUUUGCUCAUCCACACCUACGUCGCCAUGCAACACUACCGUCAUGACGCCCCUCUCCUCAAAGAGUAUUACGCUCCUGAUGGCCUUUCGGCACCCGUCGAGCUUUGCCAGCAUCCCGAUUUGGAUUCGAUUCCGCCGCCGAGCGAUGCGUGGAAGAUUUGGCGCACAAACAGGAUGCUUAAAAGGGUCGACGAAAAGUCGGGGGCCUCUGCGGCGGAUCUCAGUAAUGGUCCGAGAGGCGACGCCUCCGCGACGUCGACGAUGAAGGCUGUUGCGACGACAAACGGGUUCGCGGCUCUACCCCCCUUAGCCGCAAAUCCAAUCGGCCAUGGCGACGGCGGAACCCAGGUCAUGAAUCCGCUGCGAGGCUGCAAGGACGCCGAAGACGACAACGCUCAGAACGAUGAGAACGCCGGAUGGACAACAGUGAAUUCCAGUGCUCCCCGUUCGGCGUCCUCCUCGGUCUUGAUGUCGGCUGCGGUUUCGGCGCUCCAGACGAAAAAGAGGAAACAGAAGAGAGCGAAGAAAAACGAUUGAAUUCCCUUGCAACAUCUCAGACUCAAUCAAAGUAACUUCCUGCUUUCGCCUUGUGUUACACGCGCGCAUUGAUAACUUUUCUCAUCUUUUCCCCCGCAAUCCUUGUGAAGCUCUAACGCGCAACAUCUCACAAACGAUUCCGUUCAAAAACGACGAAUCGAUCCUGUACCAUAUGCUCGAAGGCUUGUAAAUUCUUGUGACAUUCCUACAUUUCCAUCGCCCGAAUUCUGUAUUAUGCGCUCGACAUAUCCGACCGGUGUACUUAAAGCCCACCGAGAACCGGACCCGAUCUCUCGGAGUCCAUCGUCAUUAUCGAAGAGAUGAACAAACAAAGAAACGA